AUGGCAGGUGGUGGUUUUACAACAGAUGCUGUGGGGAAUGAAAGGGCAGAUCAAUAUAAAGGGAGAGUUACUCCUUAUGUUAUCAUUGCUUGCAUUGUUGCGGCUAUUGGAGGCUCAUUAUUUGGAUAUGAUGUCGGAAUUUCAGGUGGGGUGACUUCCAUGGAUGACUUCCUUGAACAAUUCUUCCCAGAAGUAUACAUGCAAAAGAAGCAUGCACAUGAAAAUAACUACUGCAAAUAUGACAGUCAGAGUCUUGCGGCCUUUACGUCUUCUCUUUACAUCGCUGGUUUAAUUGCAUCUCUGGUUGCAUCUCCUGUUACAAGAAAGUAUGGACGUCGGAUAAGUAUCAUUAUUGGUGGUGUCAGCUUUCUGAUUGGAUCAAUUAUGAAUGCUUCAGCCAUGAACCUAACAAUGCUGAUACUCGGCCGCGUUAUGCUCGGCAUUGGCAUCGGAUUUGGAAAUCAGGCAAUUCCGCUUUAUUUAUCAGAGAUGGCGCCGACACACCUGCGAGGAGGAUUGAACAUGAUGUUUCAAGUGGCAACAACUCUUGGGAUUUUCUCGGCCAACAUGGUGAAUUUCGGAACACAGAAUAUUAGACCUUGGGGAUGGAGGCUGUCCCUAGGCUUGGCUGGAGUACCGGCUCUUUUGAUGAUGAUAGGAGGAAUAUUUCUUCCCGACACUCCAAAUAGCUUAAUAGAACGUGGAUUGAAAGACAAAGGAAGGAAACUCCUAGAGAAAAUCAGAGGAACUAGCGAUGUUGAUGCAGAGUUUGAAGAUAUGGUUGAUGCAAUGCUGUUCCAAAGCAUGGGAUUCGGCGGACAUGCUUCCCUCUACUCCUCAGCUUUGACUGGUGGCGUUCUUGCUUGCUCGACAUUCCUUUCCAUUGCAACAGUUGAUAGAUUGGGAAGGAGAGUUCUUCUCAUCAGCGGUGGACUACAGAUGAUCGUAUGCCAGAUUAUAGUGGCCAUAAUUCUAGGGCUCAAGCUUGGGGAAAACCAGCCACUGUCAAGAGGCUAUUCGAUAAUGGUAGUAAUUGUGAUUUGCCUCUUUGUUGUAGCAUUUGGAUGGUCGUGGGGGCCCCUUGGAUGGACAAUUCCAAGCGAGAUAUUUCCGUUGGAAAUACGUUCAGCAGGGCAGAGUAUCACAGUUGCUGUAAACCUUCUGUUUACUUUCAUAAUUGCUCAAGCAUUCCUUGGUCUUCUCUGCGCAUUGAAGUUUGGGAUCUUUCUCUUUUUCGCUAGCUGGAUUGUCAUCAUGACCGUAUUUGUUAUGCUGUUCUUGCCUGAAACCAAAGGUAUUCCCAUUGAAGAGAUGGCAUUUAUGUGGAAGAAGCAUUGGUUCUGGAAACUGAUACUACCUGAACACGACUUGUAA